AUGAGCCUGACUAUCUCGAAUCAAUUCCCCGGGCAUCACGGUUCUAUCGGAAGAAGCACAUUUUCUCCAUUUCCCUCGCCACAUCAUGGGUAUCCCAUGCAUCUCCAACAAUGGCCAACCCGUCCCCCAGUCCAGGUUCAGGUCCAGGACCGAGAGCCGGUUGCUUCUUUGAUACCCUCUCACAGCAUUCGCCACAACCCCGCGGUGUUACAACAGGGUAAAUAUCUGGAAGCGGCUUCGACUCCCCAAUCGGCCUCGGCGGUGGUACCAAUUUCAAGAGCGUCAAAUUCCGAGAUUGACGAUCAUAGCCAGGCCGCGAGUGGGAGCAGCACUUUUCCAGCAUCAGCCUCAGACCCGACGAUAGGCUCUAUCAACCCCUUCGACCUUUCCGCAGCCACUUCAUCCGGACCCCGUCAUGUUCUUAUUCGUGUUGACGGCGACGCUGGUGCUUACCUCAGCAAUCUUGCAGGGCAGCAGACGCCACAAGAAUCUAGCCUCCCGUCUACCAUGAAUGGCUCGCUUUCAGUCACUAAUGGGGACUUGAUCCAAACAGGCUGGAGUGUCGAUUUUUCAGGUCUCUCCCGCACCCCUCGAGAGUAUGGCAAUGGUAUCGGCUGGCGGUCACAGGAAGCCGAGGCGGUAAUAGACACGCAGCAUACUUUUGGUUGGCCUCGAAAAUUUAUCUGCUCGUUAUGCUCCUUGCGAUGGAACGCGAUGCCUCUUCCCGCCAAAGUUAUUCGCAGCGAUAUCAGCCAGAAAGACAGGAUUGACUUGAGAAUACCGAACCCGACAAAUGCUCGUAGAGACCCAAGCUUCUCUCGUCCAGGAUGUUCGGAGUUGCACUAUUACCUCGAUCAUGAGGGAUCUGGCAAUGAGCCAUGCGUUCGCGGCCUCUGUCAAACGUGUCGGCCUACUUCUCUGUUGCCAGACUCUCAGCCGAUGACACACUGUUGCCCACCGCCGCUCGCCGAGCCGGGCUAUCUGAAAGAGAUUUAUCGCUGCAUUAUGGACAAUUGCCCGUUUCUUACAGACACUCGAAGGGAGAUGAAGGCCCAUCUCCAUUCUCCUAGAAAAAAUGGCCACAAGGCAUAUCUGACAGGACUGGCAAACCGUAUUGAGAAUGGACAGGCGCUCAGCGCCAUUGACAAGGAGAUAUCCUCCCGCCUGAUGCUUAUGUUUAAUGACAGAGACGCUCGAGGACAGAAAUCUAUAUCACAACCCAUCAACACGGUUCUGGGAUCGGAGGAUAUUAGCAGUCCAGCCGUGUUGCGAGAGCACACACAGUGGAUGGCCUACCUCGGCCUUCAUACCCCAGAGCUUCACAGGCGCGACUUUUUCGAUCAGAGGACGAACCAGUGGUACUACCGAGAAUACAACCUCGACGAUGACUUUGAAGACGCAUGCGAGAACGUUCGGAUUGUAUCCUACGCUACUGGCCGUGCGGUGAGAGCAGCGGACUUUCUAUGGCGUUGA